UUCCAGACCGGAAACAGCAACCGUUGCCAUUGACUACCGAAAAUUGUUAUUCUUUGUUUCUUUUUUAUUUAAAUAGCUUACUUUUCGCUUUAUUGACUGAAUGUGAUUUUCAAGUUUCAUUACGUGACAAAAUUAUAUGUACUCAAGAUAUUUCAGACAUCAAGUAAUUCAAAACAAUGUCAGAUCAUACGGAAAUGGAUGGAGACUCGAUAUCGAUGCAUGAGUUCCUUGAGUUUCUAAAAAUAACAUGUCAAGUUAAUGAUUCUUUCAACAGCAGCAAGAAAAAUCCAUCGAUUGGGUUUGAUUACAACCAGCUUGCCAGGAACGAAUUGGUCAAUAGUGUUCACGGAAAACCUGCCACUGUUGAAAGUGCAGGGCAAUCCACGCUGUUAGGUUGCUCUCCAGUUCGACAGCAAAGUCUUAAAAAGGACGUGAAGGAUGAUGGUGGUGGUCAGAAAAAAGUAUUUAAGAAAAAGUCACUGUCGCAGAACAAGUCUCAGAAAAGUAAACCAGAAACCAUAGAACCUCAAAAAAGGAAUCUUGAAACAUUGUUGAAUGAAAAGUUGGAUGAAGUAUUAAACGAAGGAAUUUUGGAUUCGGUCCUUCCUUUUAUCUGCCCAAACCAUGUAACCACUCCUGGGAGUAGUCAAGGGUACAAUGUAAAGAUUACCACCGCAAACAAACUGAGUCCAACAACUAUUAUGCAAUCUGUGGGAACUGGAACAGGACAUGGAGGUAUAAAAGCGACAGUCAAUAGUGGAGAAGCGUGCUCGCCAGAUCUUCAUAGUUCAGGUAGCAGCAAACGCAGCAACUUAUCAACUGUUGGUGAUGUAUCGCAAAAUUUUCUUAUUGCGAGCAGCUCCAAUAAAAUCGGAGUCAGAAGAAAAUCUACCAUUGGACAGGUGGCGAUGCCCGAUAACCGAUCCGAGCCUGAAGUGAUAAUACAUGUCUGUGACGAGGUAAAGGGUACUUCAAGAGAUUUCUCAUGUCCACAGAAAUUAUUGGUGGCUAAAAUGGGAUACUUUGCUGAUGUAACGGCUGGCCAGCGCUUGGAGGAUAUGGACAUAUCUGUACACUGUGACUUACAAAUCUUCGAAUGGUUGAUGAAAUGGGUCAAGAAAGAUACUUCAAAUCAGGACGAUUGGCCUGCUCUCGAUCCUUCUAACGUGGUCCCCAUUCUCGUAUCGGCUAGCUUUCUCCAAAUGGAACCGUUACUGUGCGAUUGUUUAUCCUUUUGCCACGGCCGUUUGAAUGACGUAAUUAAAGCAUCGGCGAAUUUGGCUUGCCUCAAUGAUAGUAUUAUUACACGGCUGGCUGCAAUGUUUACAAAUUUGGAAUUGGAAAUGGUGAAGGAUAAAAAAGAUAGGAUAGCACCGCGACUCUGGACAAAAAUGAUCCAAAGCCUUUGCGAAAUAGAGCCACAAGCUUUAAGAGGACAUUACGCUACACUUGUUGGAAUGUUUCGCUGCCUUCGUUGUAACAAAUAUCUAACUCAAACAGUUAGUACGUUCAUUCACUGCGUACCGCAGAAUAUUCGUCUAAAUAGAUGGGGGCAAUUGAUCAGCACCCACGUUAAAGAUCCAUCUUGGAAUAUAACCAGUUAUGUUGCAAGUUUACACAAAGAAUUGCGAUCAUGGCGAAAAGUAUACUGGCGUCUAUGGGGUCACUGUCAUUUUUUGUAUUGUGCCGUUUGUGAUUCUCAUUUCGCUAUUUAUCAGAUGCUUUGGUGUCCGUACCAUCCCGAACAAGCUCAAUUUUUGGGACCUGCUGCUGAAGGCCGUGUAGCUGGUCCUGCUGGAAGGUACCCAUGUUGCGGGAAACAAUCAUUCCGCUAUGAUACGCUACCCGGACCUACGGGUUGUCAAUUUCGUGAGCACACUGUUCAAGCAGAUACAGAUCGAGAUCGUUCAAUCCUUCAGCUAGCUAUACAUGCUUCGGAAGGUGGCUGUCUUUAUGAAACGGCACCUUUCAAACCACCUAAUACUACAACAGAUCCUUGGUGGAAUGGUAUUGGAAUUUUGCCACAUCGUGCCAGACAAGGAUUGCUGCCAUCAUUCCAUGUCGAUGGAGAAGCUCAUACAAGUCGAGCGAAUCGGAAAAUUAUUACUCGUCAGUUAUCUCAAUCUGUUGCAGAAUCCGAAACUGAAUCAGACUCCGAAGAUAUUGAUAAAACGGCUACUAUUCUUAGCCGUUCUUCGAGUAGCAGCAGCGAUGGCGGAGAAUCAGAAUAUAGUAGCCCUAGAACGUUCCAUCCAAAGAAUAUGAAACGUAAACCAAAAAUCUCGUAUGGUCGUCACUGGGCUGGUGAUAUGUCUGCCCGCAGUAAUCAAGAUAACCAGCGUGAGUUCGAGGAGAGGGCUAUGAAGCAGAUUAUCGCUAUGGUUGGUAAAAAAACUGGCGGCGAACAAAAUCAACAAUACAGCAUUUACCAACAAGGUGGAUCAUUCAUCCGAUUAGAAGCCGAUUGGAGAGAAACUAUCAAACAAAAAAACCUAAAUAGCAUUAGAGCCAAACAGAACGGUAUCAAAUGAUGACUGUUACUGGUUGAUUUGAGAGAACGGUCGUUGGAAAAAAGUUUCUAAAGCAGCAUUUCAAAGGUAUAAAAUAAUUAUAUGUUGAGCGUAAACUAAAUUAACGGUUCAUUAAUAAUUAUACUAUAAAAUAAAACUUUUUUUGCACUUUAA